UAUUAUCGUUUCAAUAGGUGAUAAAGAAGUGUAGCUAUAAUAGUCUACAACUUUUUUAGACUGCAGUUUUUGUCCUUUUAAGGAAUUAAGAGGAAAGUUUGUUUUAUGUGAGUUUGUGUCUACGUGGACUCUGGGUUUUCACCAGGACAUAUUAGCAACUGAAGAGGGUGUUGCCCUUCAGACAUUAUUCCUGAAGGCGGAGGGAAAACGUCUCCGGCAAAUUUCGGUCAGUUAUCUCUCCUUUUAAAUUCUAAGCAAAUACCAAAAUACUUUUGAAUAUUGAUUUAGUCUAAAUUCUUAAGAUUCACUAAGUUUGUGUAACUUUUAACCAAUUCGAGUGGCUCUGGGACUCCUGAGUAAUCACCAGGAUUCUGACAAGGAGGAUAAACUCCCUCCUUUAAUUUGAUCGGACUAAUUUAAGUUAUCUCCACUUCUGUUUUUCAUUCUAUUUUUAGUAUUUUCUUUAAUAAUAAUAUUUAUGUAAUCACAAUAUAAACUGUCACAUUUUUUAUAUAUAUAUGUGCACCUAGGCUAUGUUUAAUAAAAUAAUUGAAAAUUAAGAAGCUGGUGAAGACGGUAAAGUCCUACCGGGAAAAUUAAAUAGUCCAAAUUUUAAAUAAAAUAAGAGAGAGACGGACAACUUUGCCGUGUGUGACUGAAAAAGAGCAGCUUUGCGUCUGUGUGUGUGACUGCGCAUGCGUGCUUGACGUUUAACUAAAUUGUGUGGAAGAUCUAAAGCUAGACCUGCAGGCUGUCUGAGGACUUAUUGGCUGCAUGAGAGAGUAACAGCAUGUUAAUUGCAAUGAAUGAAAGAAUAAAUAAAUGCAAAAAUAAUAUAAGAGCUGAGAAUUAAAGACCACUGUGUUAUUUUGCCUGCGAACACUAAAUUGUUUAGUAGGACGAUAUUUUCGCAGAGUACUUGUAAGGUACGGUUUCUUUCAAAAAGACACCGUCAUAACGAGACGCUUUAUUGGGUUUUACUAAGUAGCGACUUUGCAGAGCUCAGAAGUCGUGGACAGUUGCUGAAAUAGCGUUUCGUCUAGUAAAUAAAAUAAUAUAGGCUUGUGCCUGAGUUAAGGGGAAUUUGAGGGAUAGGAAUCGCAUUUGCAUAGACUGUAUACAUGCGACAGUCGCCCAAAAAUGUGCAAACAGUGACAAAAACGUAUUGUAUUACAUAGCCUAAAGAACAUAGGCUAAAGAAUAUAAAUAAAGUAAAAACUAGGAGGUGUUUUAGAAAAGUAUAUCAGUAUAUGUAUGAUCUUGUUUUGUGUGUGAUAAAUAUUUAAAAGUAUUGGAAAUCUAGGCUGAUGUACGGGUUUGGUUCUUGUUGAGUUGUGAGAAGCAACGUGUUAAAUUGGUGGUCUCGGCUAAAGAUAAAACGUUGUUUGUCGAAGUAAAAUACAUGUUCUUUAGUUUGGCUGGCUGAUAAUUUGCUAUAGCUUUGGAAUAAACGUGAAAGGAAUCGUGGUGCGUUCAGUGUGCGUUGUAAUUUCUGUGCAAACUGUUAAAUGUGAUGCUGUCAUUUUGUUCUUGUGUUUUGAUUGCUUAGGGACCAAAUACAGAUCAAAUACAUUUGAACCCUUUUAAGAUUACACUUUUAUGACAAGUUCUGGAAGUUCACUUUCAAACCUUUUAAGAUUUUGAGGUUUCAUCUGGAAGUGAUUCAAAGGUAGACUGGACUUAAACUGAAACAUCAAACUACUGAGGCAAAAACUUUACACAAAAGGCUCUGUUCUAACUGGACUGUGAGCCCAGGCAGAGCCCCCUACAGGAAAUAUCGAGUAAAUGUUUCAAUUUGAUCUCAGUCUUUAUUCAGUGUUUUCCUGUCUUAAGCAGUCUUGGCAGGAGUGAGUGUUGCUGACAGAAACUAAGAGACUUAAGGCCCACGAGCCAGGACUCGACCGAAGCAUUGAACACCUGACACUGGGAAAAUAAUUGACAGUUUCCCUGCAGGUUUAAUUUUAAUUUCUUACACAUUUCUUGGAUUAGUUGUUUAAUUUAAAUACAAAACAAAAAAAGAGAUUGAUUUGAGUGUUUCUCUCCUCAAUCUCUGAUUUAAAGGACAGCAGAGUCAUUCAAGGCAACAGUAUAAAUUCAUAUUUCUGGUCUUUGUUUUCGAUCAGUGAUCGGCAGACAGAGAAUUUAAAGAGAUAGAUAGAUAGAAGAGUCGUUUAUCCGAUUUUAAAAAGGAAAUUAAAUUUUCUGCCUGGAGUUUGACAACCAAGGAGUCAGGAUGGCUGCUCCGUGUCUGAACACAGCAGAGGACGUUUUGGCAAAACAGCAUCCAUUGCUGGCACAAAUGAUAAAGAAACUCUCGCAGAAGUGGGAAAAGAGGACCCGUAACAUGUCGACCAAGUGGCCAGAGGGAGGAACGUUUGAUUUAGAGACUUGCAGGGAUAUGCAGGUUUUAAUUAAGAACUACAAGCUAAAUCAGAAAGGUCCGAUAAGAGCCCAAAAGAGAAAGGAAGAGGAAAACAUUCUAGGUUUGUUUAGGAAGAAAGGUGAGAUGCUAAGAACAGCCACUAGGGUCACAGCAGCACCACCACCACCGCCUUAUGUGCAAGAGCUCCCUGUAUACAAGAAAUUAAGCAUUGAAGGAGACAAUAACCUAGAGGGUGAUGACAUUCCCCUAACUGAGCUUAGAGGAGGGGAAGUGUGCCCAGAUUUGAGUAAGCUUGAUAUAAAAGGAGGACUUAGUGGAUUUAGGACACCUAUAAGGGAAAUGCUAAAGAAUGUAGAGAGAGAGGAAAGGAUGGCUAGAGGAGAGGAACAUGAGGAGGAUGAGGAAGAAGUUACAUUUGAGGAUAGCAUGGACAGGGACUAUGAGAAAGGUGAAUUAAGCCCAGCUGAGAGUAGGGUAGUAAGGUUAAAGAAGAGCACAGCAGCAGCAGAGAAGGAAUCCACAGAGAAGCAUGCCACUGCUCAAGCCUCAGAUCCCCCACAUGUCUGCAACAGAAGAGUAAACGAAGAAGGGUCCAGCAUACAGGGCCUGGAAAAAGGAGGAAAAUCUGAAGAUCAGGCACAGGGGAUAAUGCUUGCUGUUGGAGAUGUGAAAGCCCUGCUUACACGAGUGCUUGAACUAGAAGAGAGGCAGGAGGUGUUGAAGGAGACACUCCAACGGAGGUAUCCGACACAGAUAACUCAUGAAACACUCCUCUGGAGUCCCCUUAAAGAUGACGAAAGCCCUGUUUCAUAUGUCCGUACAAAAUGCCGAGAAUGGAGACAGGAGUUUGGAGUAAACCCUGAAGACAAUCCUUUACAUCAGGAAAAGUUCCGGGAGAGUGUUUUGAAAGGUCUUCCAACUCCGGUGAAGAAAAAGCUGAAGAAGGUUGUGACUCUGUAUUCAAUGACAUUUCAUGAGUUCUGCGACCAUGUUGCUCACGCCGUCUGCAGACACAGAGAAUCGCAAAGGGAGCGGGAGGAAAAAGACAAAGAGGCACUCCGCAAACUGACUCAACAGCAGCUGACUGCAGGAAAGAAAAAACUAGAGGGAGGAGUGGGUGCUUCAAGACUCAGCAGCAUGGAGAGCCAAGAGAGAGCGUCGUUUCAAGAGGCGCUUCAAGUCCUGAUAGACAAGCAGAAGCAGAUAUGGGGGCAACUGUCUGCACCUUGGGGCUAUCAAGCCAUGGCAUCCUGGCCAGAAGCAGAAAACAACUUUGGGCCACGUCCCCUACCUCAUCCUCAGUAUAUGGGGAGAGGGAGAGGAGGACCAUCUGGACUGCAAAGAGGACGGGGACAAAGGGGAGGUAGGGGACUUCCUACCAAACCUCCCCAAUCUCUGCCAUACUACCCAAGAAGGUGUUGGGGUUGCGGACGUGAAAAUCAUUUAAGAAACGCAUGUCCCACAAAUCCGUGGCAAGAUAACAGACUGCCAAGAGGUCAGAGGCCAUCUCCGCGAGGAUCAGUAGUCAUCUAGAGAGGCCCAGCAGAAAGAUUUUGACGGGGCAUAGAGCCAUCAAAGCCUGUCAUCCUUUAGCUACAAAACUGACAAGCUCAUCUCCCUUUGUUGAUAUCAGACGAGACGUCUGUGAGUCUAAUUGGACGAUAUGGACGAAUUGAAAUGUGCAAUAUGUUGCCCACCAGACACCAUCCUGAUUUAUAAAAGCCCAGACUCCCUAAUUAACUCAAGUGCCAGAUCAUCUGUGGUCAAAACAUUAGACCAAUCUUGGACUGAUAAAAUCAGCACAACCAGUGGACUUUAAGCUGAAACCAGGCUGCAAACCACUGUUGAUUCCAAAAUAUCCACAGAAGCCUGAGGCUGAAAAAGGAAGUGAAAGGACAAUACCUGAAUGGCUGGAAGCAGGAGUAUUGACCCGCAUUGUUUCACAUGGCAACACCCUGAUUCAUCCUGUGCUGAAAGCAGAUAAGUCAAAAUACCAACUAGUAAAAUAGAGAGCAAUAAAUGAAGAAAUUUAGGAUAUUGACGCAGAAGUUCCAAAUCCAUAUAUGCUAUAUAUAUAUCAAACAUUCCCCCCACUGUCACGUAUUUUAUGGUAAUUGAUCUGUUUGACAUUUUUUCUGUGUUCUAAUCAGCAAGAGAUCACAAUAUCUCUUUGGGUCAAAGUUUAUCUGUCCCAGGCGCUUUCCAUAAAGGCUUAAAGCAUGCGCCACAUAUUUUUAAUAAGACUCUGAAGAAAGAUUUAUCCGAGCUGGGCAAAAAGGUGUCCAGCACCGUUAUUCGGUGUGUAAAUGACAUUCUCGACUGUUCUGAGACGCAAGAGAAGUGCCACAAAGACUCUAUUGCACUGUUAAAGAUACUGGCAGAAAAGGGGCCACUAGGCCUCAAAACAAAAGAUCCAGUAUUGCUAGGACAAGGUUGAAUACCUGGAACGUGUCACACAAAAUGGCACGAGAAGCGUGUCCCCAUCACACCUUGAGGGGAUAAGCAAAGCUCCUAAACCGGUAGUUGUUCGAAACAUGCUGACAUUUUUUGGGGUAACAACAAGUUAUAGUUCAGACUGGGUUAAGGAGUAUACUGUUAUGUUGACACAGGAGGGAGAGAUAGCAUUUGAGACAAUCAAAGAAAUGCUUCAACGAGCCCCUGUUCUUGCGCUUCCAAAUUAUUACAAAGCAUUUUUUCUCUAUGUUUUAGCCCCGGUUGAUUUGAUGUCAUUAAUGAUUUUGCAAGCCCAGUAUUGAUCAUACAAGCUGAGGAAUAUAACUGAAUGGGGUUUUUAAGUAACAAACAGAGAGAGCAAAUUGACUUUGGCAAGAUGCAUUAAAAAUAAUGUUAAAAAAGAUGUGGUUACACCUAUGGGCCACAUGCCAGUCCCUAAGCAACCAUUUCAGCAUUUAGCGAUAGUCUAUAUUGACAUGAUUAAGCCAAUAAAUGACAGACGUUCAUUGAAGACGUUCAACGUUUUGGCUGUGUUUAUUAUCCACAAUCUCAACGGAUGGUUGAACGAGUGAAUGGUGUGCUAAACUAACAAAGAUUUGUGGUCAUUAUAGGCUUAACCGGGUGAAUGCAUUUCCAUUAGCACUUCUGGCAUAAAGAAGUGGUGUGAAUCGCAAAACUAACCCAACACCGCAUGAGCUUGCUACUGGUCACGAGCUAAAGCAUCUGCAUAAAGGCCCGCCUUCAAGCAUGCUAGAGAAUUACAAAAGAUGUACAUACAACAAAUGUCUAACAAUUGCCGGAUAGUUUCGUCCCACCUUGUGACUAAGCAGGGAAGAGAGAGGUUACAGAACGAGAGUGAGCGAGUGGGGGCAGCAAUCCAACCUGGUGAUCAGAUGUUUUCGUAAGAGUCUUCAGGAGAAAAGUGGAACGGCCCGAGGAAGGACGUACGAGGUCAAGGGGUCGCCUACCUGGUCUCAAAUAAAAACAAAUUUUCUCCUUAGAGUCAUUAAAAAUCAUUUGAGCAAUACAUGAAGAUGAUUUAAAAGUGUCCUCCACUCCCAGAGCCAUCACCGUUAUGAAGGCAUGAGAAGUUUUUUUAAAGAAAUAUUUUGUGUUUCAUUUAAUCCAUGUACAUAAUCAUUUAAGACAAAACAACAAAAACAAAAAUGUUUACUAACUUUACCAUUUUGAAGAUUCUGUUCUUAAGAGUUUUAUAUGUAGAAGUGUUUGUUUUCUUUGAAGGUCAUAAGUAUCUAGUAUGAGGGCAUAAAGGGAAUUCAAAAAGUAUAUGGUAAAAGGUUUGAUUGUAGAAGUAGAAGUAUAUACACGUGAAGCAUUUUGUUGAUUAUGUGAAAGAGAUUCCCAAUACAUAGCCUAUGGUACUACUGUAAGGAGUGAACACCUUGUAUGUUUAAUAAAAUCAUUGAAAAUUAA